AUGAGGAAGUUGUGCCCUAACCUUGACAAUGAAGAUGGCCUUGAUACCGUUCUGGAGGUGCCGAUACCCGAAGACAUGUUCACCCUUAUGGGCAGCAGUGCCGCAUUGCGAUGGCAUAAUUUGCGUGCAUUCAUGAAAAACCAGUCCCAUGAGAAGUAUGCCACUUCUCAUCUUCCGUCAGGAUCAAAUAGUGAGUUUAUGGCAUUGCUUAAGCUUGUAGGUUCUCCUUUGAUCCCUCUUCAGGUUCAUUGCGACAAUGGCCUCACCCGACCCAUCAAAGAUUGUUCCAUUGAGGCUUCUACCGCGAAAUACAUUGUACAACAAUAUGUAGCAGCCAUCGGAGGUUUAGGGGCAUUGAAUGCCGUGAAUAGUAUGUGUGCAGUUGGGCAGGUGAGGAUGGUGGGAUCUGAAAUGCACAAAGGCGAUGAUAGCAGUGUUUAUACCACGACGAACGUGAACAGUGAAGUCGGUGGAUUUGUUCUUUGGCAAAAGAAUCCCGACUUGUGGUGCUUAGAACUGGUUGUUUCCGGCUACAAGGUAAGCGCCGGAAGUGAUGGCGCUGUUGCAUGGAAUCAGUCUGGUUCUCAACCUUCUCAUGCCAAUAAAGGCCCCCCAAGACCCCUUCGUCGCUUCUUUCAGGGAUUGGAUCCGAGGAGCACAGCCAACUUGUUUUUGGACGCAGUAUGCACGGGAGAGAAGAACAUCAACAAAGAAGAAUGCUUCAUACUCAAGCUUGAAACGCCGGCAGAUAUUCUUCAGUCACAAAGCACAUCCCAAACUGAAAUAGUCCACCAUACAAUAUGGGGCUACUUCAGCCAAAGAACAGGGCUUCUUGUCCAGUUUGAGGACACAAAGCUGGUGAAAAUGAAAGCCGCUAGAGGAGGCGAUCGCGUUUUUUGGGAGACAACUAUGGAGACUUCUGUAGGGGACUAUAGAUACGUCGAUGGCAUUAACAUAGCACACGGUGGCAAGACGUCUGCUUUGUUAUAUAGGUAUGGACAUGCUUAUAAUCAAAAGAGAAGGAUUGAGGAGACGUGGGAGAUUGAUGAGGUUGAUUUCAAUGUUAAUGGGUUGUCCAUGGAGUGCUUUCUACCUCCUUCCGACCUCAAGAGAGACGAUGGAGAACAAUAG